AGAAGGGCAAGUGUACACAGCAUCGAUCUGCAUUUUCUUCUCAUUUUCAAUCAAGAUGUUGUCGAGAUAUGCUUGGAGAGGUUUUCUCUCUUUACAGAUGACGAGUCUGUUGCGGCCAAUGCACACAAUUGCUCCUCGCCCCAGGCUACCAAGGAGCAUCGUUGCACCAACGUCAUCGCGCAUUCCUUUCGUUCGCCAAUUCGCCGACAACAAAGGUGCUGCCGAUGAGGCAAUGGAGGAAAUUCAGGAACUUUACUUUACUGCCAAGGACGAGUUUGAUAUCGCGGUCGAGGAAACCGAGAAGAAGACGGUGUAUGCUGCGGACGACCGAGCAGCGGCCAGAGAAGAACUCACAAAGCUUCUUGAGACGUACAAUCGGAUACUAGAAACGUCUGACCCCGAAGUCAGUGCGGAGGUAAAGCGCAGAGCUGGACAAAGAAUCAGAGAAUUGGAGAAUGGCGUAGAGGUCAUGGAACAAUCAGCUAUGGAGGAUUAAACAACAAGUUCGGAUACACAUAAACCUAACACUAGAGCACAUCAUGGACCUGAAUGUCCGAGGAAAUGGCCAAUGUCAUAAGGACAUAGAAAUAUUAUAUGACCCUUGCAUCUAGCUACCACAAAAGAGUAUUUUAUUUCAAUAUGAGAUGGUCUCGGUCGUCAAGAAUCGACAAUUCGUCUGUAGAUAUGUGCCGGGUAAAUCUCCAUAUAUAAUCUAUAGCUCGUCCUUUGAAACGCCUCGGA